AUGGCAUACCAAACCAAAGAGAACUCCAUCCAUCUGGAGGAGGCCGCGGGCAACACGGACCUAAAGGCCACCAUCGCCGUCGACAGCCGCCACAAUGACGAGGCCAUGACGGUGCUGGCCAGCUACAGCGGUCCGCAAACAUGGACCGACAAAGAAGAGGAACAGGUCAGGAGGAAGAUCGACCGCCGCCUCCUCCCUAUCCUCGUCAUCUGCUAUGGUCUGCAAUAUUACGACAAGGCCAUGAUCUCGCAGGCAGCGUUGUUUGGCCUUCGCACCGAUCUCGAGCUCACCGUCGCCAAUCGUUUCUCCUUUGCCUCGUCCAUCUUCUACUUGGGCUUUAUCGCCGGCGCCUACCCGGCUAUUGUCAUGGCUCAGCGCUUCCCCAUCGAGAAAGUAGCCGCGAGUAUCAUCUUGGCCUGGGGCAUCUGUCUGAUCUGCACGCCGGCAUGUCACAAUUGGCAGGGACUCUUCGCGCAGAGGUUCUUCCUCGGGUUUAUCGAGGCAGGAGUCAGUCCGAUGUUCAUGCUGGUUGUGGGCCAGUUCUACAAGAAGAACGAGCAAGCUCUGCGCAUGGGUGUAUGGUACUGUGCGUGUGGCUACGUAUCCAUUUUCUCGCCUUUGAUCAACUACGGAUUCGGGCACGUCAAAGGAUCUCUGUCCCCCUGGCGCUACAUGUACCUCUUUGCCGGCUCCAUCACCAUCCUGUGGUCCGUGAUCGUCUACUUCUACCUGCCCCCUGAUCCCAUCCGUGCGAAAGGAUUCACCGAGCGCGAGCAUUUCAUCGCGGUGAGUCGACUGCAGUCGAACAAUUCAGGCGUCCGCAACACGCACUUUAAAAAAGAACAAAUGAUCGAAUUGAUGUUUGACCUUAAAUUUUGGGUCAUGUUCAUGAUGACCCUGUUGGCUAUGUUUGCCAAUGCACCCGUGUCGACGUUCACGCCUCUGAUCAUCUCCGGAUUCGGGUUCAACACGCUCAACUCUCUGCUGUUGGUUGUUCCUGUUGGUUUUUUCACUGGUACCGCCGAAUUAAUCAUCCCCUACCUCGCCUACAAGUAUCCCAACAUCCGGACAUAUCUCGUCGCGAUAUCUGAACUGAUCACCAUCCUCGCCGCCGCCCUGCUCUGGGCUCUUCCUAGAAGCGCCAUUGGGGGGUUGAUGUUCGGCGUGGUCAUCCUGCCCUGCUUUGCCGCCGGAUACGUGAUUCAAUUAGGCCUCCAAAUCGCCAAUACUGCGGGGUAUACAAAGCGCUCGUUGGCCUCGUCGGGCAUUUUCGUUGCCUAUUGCAUUGGUAACUUUGUCGCGCCCCUCACGUUCAGAACGCAGGACGCGCCCGUCUACGCCCCCGGACUAGCCACCGUGGUCGCCACCUCGAUCGGCGUGGUGUUCUUGUCCAUGUUCUACCGAUUCCUCUGCGUUAGGGACAAUAAGAGGCGAGAUGCCACAGGCACACUCGAGGCGUUCGACCAUGCUUACGAGGACGACUUGACUGAUAAAAAAUAG